UGGCUGAAAUAUUUAGCAAACGCGCGCUAAUGUUACAUCUUUCAAAGCUUUCCAAGGUUUCUUUGUGUGAUUUGAGUGAUUUGUGAGAAAUUGUUCAUGUUUUUUAUUUAUGAGUGAUCACUCAUCAGCUAUCAACCAUCGAAUUACAGAUUAUAGAAAGAGGAAAGAGACUUUCGAAGCCUCCUAACCAUUGUGAAUUUGAGUGCAUACAGAGAAUUUUUACAGCCUGUGAAGUACUUUGCAAAGAACAACUUCAUUGUGAGUAUUGAUUAUUAACCAAUAAAAUGCCUGGGGUGUGCUGUGCUGUUUAUGGCCUAUUCCAAAACUGCAGGUGCUGGUAUUAUUUUUCAUAGAUUUCCUGGUUUUGUUACCAUCAGACAAGAAUGGAUAACCAGAUGUAGCAGUAAAACAACGUUCAAUCCAGAUUCAAGUAGAAUGUGUUCUUGUUAUUUCACAAUAGAAGAUUAUGAAAGAGACUUGAAGAAUGAAUUAUUAGGUUCACCCUUGAAGAGGAUUUUGAAAAAAACUGCCAUUUCCCACACUGGAACUGGCAGAAAUUCAAGAAAACUAUGA